AUUUUCUUUCAACUGAAACAGCAGUGCGAAAAUCAAACUCACAUUCACCGUCUGUUUUCUGGUGGGUAAAAAUGCAUAAAAUCUUCCAUUCUUGCACAUGCCACACAGUGCUCGUCCCCCUCCUUUCUCUCUCUAGACCCUUUUUCUCUUUUCAAGAUUCUCUCUCUUAAAUUCUUGAACUUUCCAUGAUCACCAUCACCAAGAUCCCUUUCCAGCCCACUGUUACUAACCCAAAACCCACUUCGAAUUUUCGAUUUUCUGGUGUUGUGGUGAAUUUUCACUUGGGAUUUUCAGCAAGAUCAAGAAUUAGAGUGUGUCGUAGAUUGUGGUGGGUGGAUGAGCGUGGGGAAAUGGAAUUUAUAAGAAAACUGAGUAGGGGUUGCUUCAGGGGGCGCAGUUCGAAGAAGGAGAGGAAGGUGGAAGUAGAGUCUACCAACGGCGGCGAAGAUGUUUUUGAUGCGGCGGCCGCGGAAGCUAAAGUCCAGCCUGACCAUCUUGUCAUCAUGGUUAACGGAAUCAUUGGAAGUGCUGCAGAUUGGAGAUAUGCUGCUGAGCAGUUUGUGAAGAACCUUCCUGAUAAAGUCAUUGUUCACCGUAGCGAGUGCAAUCCUUCAAGGUUGACUUUUGAUGGUGUUGAUAGGAUGGGUGAAAGGCUAGCUGAAGAGGUGAUGGAUGUCAUCAAGCAUUGGGAAGGGGUUUCCAAAAUUUCAUUUGUGGCUCACUCCUUAGGUGGACUUGUUGCACGAUAUGCCAUUGGAAGGUUAUACAGACUUUCAUCCAAAACGGAAUCUGCAAGUCUUCCUAGUUACAACUCGAACUGGGAAGCAAAGAAUGCUGCCACACAUGAAGCUAGUAUAGGUGGACUGGAACCCAUAAACUUUGUGACAUUUGCAACCCCACAUCUGGGUUCAAGAGGGCAUAAACAGCUCCCGCUCCUUUGUGGUCUUCCUUUCUUGGAAAAAAGUGCUUCACAAACUGCACACUGGAUUGCUGGAAGAUCAGGAAAGCAUCUUUUCCUCACUGAUAAUGAUGACGGGAAACCACCUCUCCUUUUGCGGAUGGUGAAUGACUAUGACGACCUUCACUUCAUGUCUGCUUUGCAUUCGUUUAAGCGUCGGGUAGCAUAUGCCAAUGCAAACUAUGAUCAUGUGGUGGGAUGGAGAACCUCAUCAAUCCGCCGUCAAAACGAGCUACCAAAGUCAAAUGUUCUCAUGAAUGAUAUGAAGUAUCCACAUAUCGUAUACAUAGAACGAGGAAUAACUGAAGAUGGAACUAGCAAAGCAUCCUCUUCUGUUGGAACACAAGUUAUCGACUUGGAAGAGGAGAUGAUUAGAGGUCUUAAUCAAGUAUCUUGGGAGCGCGUUGAUGUUAGUUUUCAUAAAAGCAGACAGCGAUAUGUUGCGCAUAAUACCAUUCAGGUGAAGAGCUACUGGUUAAAUUCAGAUGGUGCUGAUGUGGUUCAACAUAUGAUAGACAACUUCCUUCUGUAGCUUUCUGUACUUCAACAUUUGAUGUAUCACUUCCUCCUGUAUGUAGCUCUAUGUACAUGGAUUCUUUUUCCACUUUGUAAUUUAUCAAGCAUGAAUAUGUUAUUAACCUCCUUUUCUUGUGUAUAUUUUUCUCAAUUUUGGUAAGUUUUCGGUAUUGUUCUUCGACAAACGAACUGUGUAAUUGUCUCAACAUUUAUAUUACUAUAGAAUGUCGAUAUUAUUCCGUAUAUACCGUUUAGAAAUGGUAAUUAACAAAUAUCAUCUGAUGUGAUA